CGACACUUCAACUCUAUGAACGACGAUAAGUCCAACAAGGACGGCGCCGCGACCGCGUUGGACUCCAUGACACUCCCGACGGCGAUUCUCAAGGACGACGGAAGCGACGAGUUCUCUCCGCGCAUAGGCGGCGACACUCCGUUGACGCUGAUGGGGUCUGUGGUCGAGUCGUUGGAGCAGCUUUGUCGAUCGUUUGAGGUCGAGUGCGAUCAGCGAUUGAGUCGCAUGCAGGUUCGCGUGGACUCUUCCACAGCCGCGAUUCCUCGCAUGAAGGCAUGGGUGGCUCAGCAGCACGAGACGACCGCAUCGCUCGAGGCCCAGCUCGUCGAGAGUGUCGCGAAAUGCAAGUCCGUGCUUCAGAAGUGGACCAAAGAGAAGGAAGACCGGCGCAAUGAAAAGGAAUGGAUUGCCGACCUUUGGCCUGACUUUGUCGUGGUGCCACCUACGAUUCUACGACCGUUCAUGAAGACUACAGCAUCUAUGGACGACAAAGCCCAGCUCGGAUUGGAUGCAACGAUGCAGCUGCGCUUGAUGGAGCAAGGUCGACUCGUGCAAGAGCGCAUGGCCUUGGCUAGCCAAUGGUCGGCGGUCGACAACUACUUUUAUAACGCAGUGACUGGGGAAAGCUGCUGGGAGCCACCUCCCGCAAUGACAUACGUGGCACCCACUGGUUGGGACGUUGCUAAAGGCAAGUGGAAGCCAGGGGUGCAGCUCACUCUCGACGCCGACACUCUGUCAGCAGCUCAAUCACCAAAUAAAGUGGAUGCUACGACCAACAACAACGAUAGCAUUCAGGCGUUGAACACGUCAACGAUCAACUCGGCAAGAGAAAUAUCGACAUCGACAGACAGCGAGGCGGACGCGCCACUUUUGGACCCCAUCUCCCUCCGCGCCCAAGUAGAAUCCGAGCAUCAAGUGCUGGACAGACUGCACAAGGACGUAGCGUCGUCCACGUUGCGUCUACAGACGCUGAGCCACCAGCUGCAAACCAGCAUCCGGCGCCAUCUAGACAGCGAACAGGCUGGCGUCCAAGCCGAGUACGAUGCGCUAGUCGAGGCGGAGCGAAAGAAGCUGGCAAAGGAAGCCCGGGAUCGCCACGCAGCUGCGAUGGAAGCUCAAGCCAAGGCGAAGAAGCAGCAGGCAAGAUCAUCAUCAUCACCGCCCAAGAACAAACUGCAGGCCGCCGAGCUCGUGAUAGAUGACGUGCCCGAAGCGGCGCUUGUGAUUCCAAUCGACCCGACGCGGCUGCGGCUGUGCACACCCGUGAGCCACGAGCCAAUGGUCCAGCUACACACGACGAGUGAUACCAUGUACUUGCACAUGGAAACAGUACAGAGACGGGUAGAUGCGUUGGUGAAGAAGGAAGAUUUAGCGUGGGAAAGCCACGAUGCAUUUCGAGACUUGAUUGAAAAAGACAUCGGGCAGGCCAAGCAAAAGCUCGACGCUAUGCUGUUAGAUAUCCAAACGUGCAAACAUACAUUGGAAACGAGCCAAGCGCGGCUAGAGUGCCUCAAAACCCAAGAAGCCCCCCCUAUGCCGAUAUUACAACCCACAACAACGACGAUGAUGACAACUCCCACGACGGGAGACGGGAAUGAUGAUAAUGACAGGGGCAAACUAUUGGCAUUCGAACAGUACGACCGGGACAUGCGAGCAUGGGAAGAGGCGGAAGUGAGUCGCCGCGUCGAGUGCGAAGAUCUGGUUGAAACCAUCGCGGAUAUGCAGACGCGGCUCAACGAGGCGGCGACUGUGGACCGCAUCUGCGACGAGGUUUCGUUUCUGGAGGCGCUUGAAAAAUGCGAAGCCGCGCGGGGCGCGGGGUUGUGGGCAAAGAAGAAAGAGUACGAAAUGUGGCGGACCAAAGUGAUGCUGGAUCGGGUGGACCGCGAGGAGCGGUUGGUGGCGCUGGCGCGGGACUUGGGCGAGUUUACCGCCCACUUGGACGCCGCCGCGCGACUUCCUCUGCAGGCCAUCAACAUAUUGGAAAAGACUCGUCUGGAGGGUCAAAGGGAUGACCAAGUGGCGUACUACACGGCCAAAAUCGAUAAAACAACCAGUGCGAUCGUAGCCAACGAAGGCGCCAAGGCCAAACUGAUGGACAUGGAGCUGCGCGCGGUCGAGUUCCACGGGCGGCGGCUGGACGAGGAGAUGCAGCUGCAUGACGAAACCAAAGGCGUGUGGAUGCGACAGAGGGCCACAUGCGACAGCGGCCAGCAGGACGUGUUACGGGCGUGGCUGCUGUUAAAUUACACGCGAGAAGGGCGAUGGAGAGAGCUCGUAUCUUAUGAACAAAUUGACCGGACUUGUUGGGAAGAGCAAGACCAGUGGCUAGUGUCCCAGCAGAAAAGCAGGCACGAGGCCACAGUGGCAGCAUUGGAAGAAAAGCAUGCCGUCCACGUAUUCGAGUUAGAACAGGAGAUUGCGAAAUUGGACGUCGCGUUGAAGCUUGCGAUACAAAGCAAGUGCCAAAGUGAUAUUGACAAGGCGCAUGUGAUGGAGUUGGUUACCGUGGCCGAUGAUUUGGUGGAAAUCACCAAAGCCGAAGCCAUUCAAAGCCUGAAACAACAUAUGCAAGUACUCCUAGACCAAAUGAAACGCCAGCAAUUGGACCAUGACAUACGUAUCGAGCGGCUAUUGGCAGAACAUGCUGUGAUUCGUGAAGACUUGGAGAAACGAUUGGAAACCACGGCAGCGGAUGCAAUCUUGCGGAUGCAAUGGCUCAAAGCCGUGAAAUGCGAAUUGUCUGACCACAAAGUCCUGAACAAACACUUAUUAUGUGGCAUUUCGGCUUUGGAAAAGCGACGGGCAAUGGAAAUCAACGACAUGCAGGCGCGUAUCAUGGCGCAACUCUGUCGCAUCCAUCGCCUCGAAAUGUGGAACCUGAGUCUAAAGAAAAGUAUCGAUGCCAAUAACGACGUGCUGCUCCAACAUCAAGUCAAACUCGAAGAAAAGAUCGCCGAACAUCGGGCGGAACAGCGGAUACUUCGUCACGAAGUUUGGCGGCAACGGAUCUCAGCGCAGUUGCUGCUUACGAACGCCGACCAUUUGCUGCACUUUUUCGUCCAAGGCAUUGAAGGGCUUUGCGGUCACGCCAACGACGAUUUACGGAACGCUGCAGUCAUUCCAAUUUUGGUGGAAUUGUGCAAACUGUCGACUCUGUCGCCUUCAAUUCGGGCACUGGCUACCACUUCGUUGGGCAAGUUGAGCUGGAACACUCCCAAGUCGCAUCGACACAUUGGAUGGCAGGCCAAAACAAUUUGGACCAAGUGGGUAGCCCGCCUAUCAAGUGAAGCCACCGACGCACUCCAAGAAACCAAGCUCGAGUUUGACGACAUCGUGGCUUGUUCGUCCAGUAGCAUGAACCUCACCGCAGACGCCACGACCCACGAACGCUGUCACAGCCACUUGGAUCGGCUGCACGUCCUCCAAGAAACCGACUACUGGGUCAGUUCAUCUGCUAUUCCAGUAUCCAUAAACGAAGUCAACGUGCUGAGCAUCGGCGACACGAGCGGCGCGCUGGCCAUUUUGAUCGAGCUCAGCUGCGCGUCGUCGCAAGAAGUUCCGCUGGCGGUUCGUGAAGGCGCGCUCGGCAGUGUCGCGGCGCUGGCCAUGCAUUCACGCAACAUUCACCUGAUGGGGCGAGUUCCGGGGUUCCUGCAGACGCUGCUGGGGCUGUGUGAGGACGACGCACCUUCUCGAACGAUGCAAGUACACGCAUUGCACAGCUUAACUAACUUAAGCUUUCAAAACCGAGUGCACCACCAACUAAUUUACUCGAUGAACGGCAUGUUGGUGCUGCUGCGGGUACUGCGCACGUCGAAAGACGUGGAUGUUGUGGACUUGGCCUUGUCUGCGGUGGCGAAUCUCACGGAAUCCCACGUCGACAUGAUCGACCAAGUGCUGAUUGAGGGUGGCCUCGCCCAGCUGCUCACCCUGUCGAUGGCGUCGUACCUCUGUGACGCCGUUGAAGAUGGCAAGAUGGACACCAUCCAGGGCAACAUUGCGCUCUGUGUGGUGCAUAUUCUGCACGCCAGUCCCGAAACUGUGCUGCGGCUGUGGGUAGCUGACUCGUCUCAACAGGAUGCCAACCAAUCAACAUCUUCAUUCGCGCACCCGGGUUCGUACUUAAACCUGUGCUUGAGUCUGGUCGUGUCGGGCACAGUUGCAGUGCAAUCUGCAGCCAUCAUGGUGCUCGGGGUCGUCGCUCAACACGAUAUCGUUCGAGGCCAGCUGGGCGAUGCGGGAGCCGUCGAGUUGCUCGCGCCGUUGCUAACCCACUCGCUCCAAUAUGACGACGAAGGCAAUACAAACCAAAUGGCGUUGGUGGAGCAGACGGCGUGGACGUUGCUGCAGCUGAGCUGGAACCGCGACAACCAAACGCGGCUGAGCCAGUACUCGCGCACCUUUUUAACCAUUUGCCAGCUACGAUUGCCCAAGUGGACUCUUGUGCAGCAGCAUGUGUUUCAGCUCGUGGGAAACAUCGUGUUCUACCACCCCGAGAACCGCCAUAUGAUGCUGGAGGACAAUCAGUGGCUGGCGUUGCUCCUCGAAACGUGUGGUCGACAGGACGUGAGCUGGCGCGUCGACUGCGUCCGAGCCAUAUGCGCUUUAUCGUACGAGAAUGCAUUUGCAUCGUCGUGUGACCACAUUCCAGUGAUCGUUGCUGUAUUGCAAAGCACAACUGAGUCGGAUCUGGUGCUCCAUGGCCUCCAGUGGCUAAGCAACUUGCUCGUGCACGACGGCCAAAAGAGCCGCUUUGUGCACUGCCCCCUCGCCACGGAAACCCUUGUGACACUGUGUGGGUCCGAGAACAAGACCGUUCGACACCACGCCCAAGUGGCCCUCGACCUCGUCGCAGAUAUACGACUGCCCCACAAGCGUACACGUGAAUGGAGUUAGUCGUCCUUAGGAGUUUGUACCAACAUAAUGAACCACUACUAGAGAUGCUUGAAGCGAUCAAGUGGCGAAGAUCGAAAUGUACGAGUGAACUGGGGAUAAUGAUCAUAUCAAUAGUACUACUACUUU